UCCAAAUUUAUGUAUGAUGCAUAAGUGAAUUACAGCCACUUGAUCAUGGAAUUUUUUUUGCCACGUGUUACGAUCUCAAGUUGUCACCCUGUGAACCUGAGUCACAGGAUCACACAUCUCUCACUUCUCCACUUCGCCUUCUCUUCUCUGAAUCGCCACCGUCUUUCUUCUCUCUAUCGCCACUGUUAUUCGCCGUCGUGUUCGUGUUUCUUCUCUGUAUCGCCACUGUGACUUCGCCGUCGUGUUUGUUCUGUGUAUCGUCUUCUCUGUCACUCAGAAGCUGCGAUUGAAUUCUCGAAAUUGGAGAUUCAAUUUGCGCCUAACUCUAACAAUAUUCUAAUUUCAUCUUGGGAUUAUAGUAUGCAGCAAAGUACAAGACCUUGAUCUACCUUGUUGGUUUAGCAUCUGCUGAGAUUAUUGCUGACAUGCCUAGCGUGAAUCGAUUAUUCAGACAUAAGAUUGGUAUCUUUGCAGCAGCUAGAAUAUAUUCACUCAGUAAUAUGACCAAUAGAGAGAGCUAUGAUGUAUGAGGACAAUUUACGACUAUAAAAAAUUCUAACUAUAGCUGUUACUAACUUAUUAUCUAUGUAGUUACAAAGACAAUUAUUUGGAAAAAAUUGAAUACAAGAGGGACUAGGAUAACUUCCAGUAGUCCAAUAGGAAGGCUCUUAAGAGAAUCAGAUGUCUAAUACUCUCCCACAAGCUCAUGGUAGGUGUGAUUGUUGUAAGAGGGUAAGAUCACACACACUGAGCUUGGACCUCAUGACUUCAAAGUUCAUAGGAAAGAGAGCCUUAGUGAGAAUGUCAACAUAUUGAUCAGCUGUGGGUACAUAAACUACUUGCGGUUCUUUGUUGAGAACUUUUUCCCAUAUAAGAAUGUCAACAUAUGUUUAGUCCUAGCAUGUAGAACUGGAUUAUGGGCAAUAGAGUUUUCUCUCAAUUGGCCCUGAUUCUAUUACUGAUGAAUAUAUUCUUGUGUAUUCAGUUUGUAAAUGUUUUAAGUUCGUAUUGAUCUGUCACUACUACUUAAUGCCAUUGUCUACUAAUUUAACUUAUCUUUAAUGUUGUAGUUACCAUUAGAUCAAGGAGGAGGUGAGGGUAAAGGUGAGGGUAAAGCUAUGUACAUAGAUGCUAAGGGAACAUUUAGGCCGCAGCGACUCUUACAUAUUGCAGACAGGUUUGGACUGAAUGGUGCUGAUGUAUUGGAAAAUGUUGCUUAUGCUAGAGCAUAUAACACUGAUCAUCAAUCACGGCUUCUGCUUGAAGCAGCUUCAAUGAUGGUGGAUACAAGGUUUGCUCUAAUGAUAAUAGACAGUGCUACUGCUCUCUAUAGGACAGAUUUUUCGGGAAGAGGGGAACUUUCAGCCCGUCAAAUGCAUUUAGCGAAGUUCCUGAGGAGCCUUCAAAAGUUAGCAGGCGAGUUCGGCGUGGCUGUUGUCUUAACAAAUCAAGUAGUUUCACAGGUAGAUGGUUCUGCAAUGUUUGCUAGACCCCAAGUCAAGCCUAUUGGAGGCAAUAUUAUGGCUCAUGCAACCACAACAAGGUUAGCUCUCAGGAAAGGAAGAGGGGAAGAACGAAUCUGUAAAGUGAUUAGUUCUCCUUGUUUGGCUGAAGCCGAAGCAAGGUUUCAGAUUUUAGGUGAAGGUGUUUCAGAUGUUAAAGACUGGCCAAUUCGAGCAUUGUCUGAAACCUUGAAUGCUUUUUUUUGUUUUUUUUUGUGUCCUUUAGCUAGCUGUAAAAGAUGAUUUGAAACUAUCUAUUGUGUAAUUUUGCAAUAAUGUUCAGUUUUGUUGGCCCC